UUCACCCGUAGAUGGAGCUACAGAGAACGUCUGUCGGGCGUCUUGUACAAACUGAUUUUCUCAAGGUUAAAAUACAAAUCAGUUUUUAACUAUUUUCAACAUGAAUACCAGUGAGACGUCAUGGUAAAUUGUAGUAACAAUCUAAAAAUUUGUUAAAGCUGUUUUCAAUCAUCUCAAUUGUUGGACUGUUAAGUUUAUAUUGUUUGAUUCGACCCUUUGUGAUCUGCAAAGGCUCUUUCACGGUACAUAGCACGUGCUCAAAAGGAAUCCAACAUUCAUCUCGUGCUGAUGGCCAUACGAACAAGUGGAUUGUAGUGCUGGGAUUAAGAGAUCUCAUAAAGUUUACGAGGACGUCUUCAUUUUCUUGCGAUAUAUCUUCUACGACACCCAGGUACCAGGCUUUGUCGUAAACUGCUGCUAAAUACUGACCAUGUUUGCAACGAUUGAGACGCUUGUGCCUGAAACGAACUAAUUGUUACGUUAACGGAUGUUCUAUCCACAUCUGCUGAAAUUCGCCGGAUUUGCAGAGAAUCAGAACUGACUGGAACAAAACUGUAUAAAGAACUCUUUUCGUGGGCGAAAGCUAAUAUUUCCUGCUAUGGUUUUCGCGUCGUUCAGACGUGGCUCUAAGACCAUUUCGCAUUUCUCAAUUUCCUCAGUACUUACGAAAAGCAUUUCGAUUCCAGAAAUAUCAGCUUUCGCCCACGGAAAAAAUUCUUUAGCAUUGAGAAUGUGAUUCCCUGUGGUAGCUUGAAGGCUAGCUCUGGUGACUAGACGCUUAAUGGUUCCACCGAUACCAUCGCAUGGCUUUUCCCGUGACUUGUUGCCAAAAAAUGCCAUUCCACCUUCACCCCGAAAUCCUCCUCAUCGUAGCAUAAAUUUACAGUUCUUACAGUUCUUGUUCAUAAAUUUAAGUUUUUACAGUUCUUGUACUGACUGGCGGCUCCAUUACAGAAGUACCUCACCAACGAAAGACCUGGAAUUAAAUUCUUGAGAUGAGCAAUGAUAACGCUGAUAAAUGCGUACACAGCUGUAGCAUCAUGCUUCAGACAAUCACUGACCACACAGAAACUGAUCGUACCGAGAUUGUCAUCUUCUUCCCGAUGAUAGGCAACCAGUGGAUGCAGUGUAGCUUGACUGUUGUCCCAGUAGUAACCUUGAACAGCGUCGUGAACAACAAAUGAGUAGUUUUCUGCGAAAUCGACCAAACCAACCGCAGUGCCUGGAGUUAACGACUCCUUUUGCUGUACAAGGUAGGCUGCUUGACCCUUAAGAGGUCACACGCAAGUUCCUGUCUUGUGAUAAAUCGUGUGCCAUCUGUAUGCGUCCAUUGCUUGAAAGUUAGUUCAUCAUCCUCCUCGAUUGAUCGUUCCAAAAAGACAGACUGAAGGUGUUCUCUGAGACUGUCAGAACCUGGACAUUUCGCGCACCGAUGAACCAUGCAGUUUCUUUCACUGACAUCGCAAACAAGUUUGCCAUUAAGGAUUUAUUAUCAAGUUUUGGACCAGGGAGGGAAUCCAACAGUAACUUGACGUUUUGAUGGUAUUCGCAGACGCAUACCGAAUGCAUACUUUUCGCUCCAACGGUAAUACACCAACGCGGCCGAAGUUCACAAAACUUGGAAAAUCCAACGUGUUCACCACUUGAAUUUUCUUUGUAGUUCAAAUACAGUUCACGUAAAUUAGCAAGCAAGAGUCGCUUUUGAACAUGGACUCGUUUUCCGUCUGAAUUUUUAACGGAAACGAAGUCUUUUUUCCCUGGGCACAUUCGCGAUACUUCGUCGUCGUUAUAAAAAUCAAUUACCUUCGUUUUGCUUUCUUCCGACUGUUUCCUUGCUUUUAUUGGGCUUAUAUCGGGUAAAAUUCCUUUCGCCUUUUUCAAUUUCCCAGCUUUGUUGACCAUGAACUUAGAUACCCCAAACUCAUUCGCAGUUUUUUCUAUUGUCCAAGACGGCGGCGCAAGAGUGAUAAGUAUUAGUGUGGCUUCCAUGUUUGAAGUGGAGCAUUUUUCUUUGAUCCCUUCUAUAAUUGCGUCAAGGACUGUGCACUUUUGACACGUUUGAAGUUCAUUGGAGUCAACAUUUAAACGACGAGCAACUUCGUCAGUAAUAGCCGUCUGCGCUUCAUGAGCCUUUCGUUUGGCAUACACCGCACGGUCUCUCUGUGCGAAUUUAGUCUUAACUGGAGUGCAACCAAGGGAGCUAAAUGUGGCGGCAAGAUCAUGUAACUCGUCCUCGACUUCAGGCUUAUACUCUUCAUCUUCUUCGAUGCAACUUUCAUCGAUGCUUCCAAGAUAAGAUGAACAUUUUGGGCACAGCUUUUGACCAGGCUUGAUAUCUUUCACAACGAGUUUAUUAAUUUUGUGCGCGUUUGCAAUAUCUAUUAUGCGUAAAGACUUUUUCCUUGCCGUUGUUGGAUGCAUUUCAAAGGGAUCACAAUAACUAUUUUGCAAAGAUCCAUACUUGC